UAAGCUCUUCUUAGCUGGGAGUCAGACACACGGAUAUAUUCGGCUUUGGACUACUGCAACACCUUUCAUUAACUUCAAAAACUUUACUCCAUGACAAGUCAUAGAUUAAGGACUGCUUAAGUUAAGUGAGAGAACAAAAGAAACAAAUUCCUCCUUUCUAUAUUCUCCAAGAAGUUUUCAGGAAAGUUUGGCUUUUUUUUAACAUCUUUUAUAGCACCUGUCUAAGAUCCCACCAGUGCUGUUUCAGCUCAGUUUCAAAAUAACACUAAAUUUACAGCUCGCCACCAUUUUACCAACUCUAAGCACUCUACUUGAAGUACUAUUUUUGAAGGAAUUGGGCAUCUAAGCAAAUUCCAGCUUGUCGUUGGAGACCAUGCCAACCUUUGAUGAAGUGUUGAAGGAAGCUGGUGAGUUUGGACGCUACCAGAAGAGAGUGUUUGUUUUACUAUGCCUGACGGGAGUAACAUUUGCCUUCUCAUUUGUGGGGAUAGUAUUUCUUGGACAAAUACCGGAAAGCUAUUGGUGCAGAAAUCCAGAGGUGGAAGAAAUAAGCAAGGGAUGUGACUGGAGUCCACAUGAAGAAAGGAACUUUACUGUACCUUGGAGGCAUGCAGAAAGAACCGACCAAAGCCAAUGUCACAUGUACGAUGUCAAAUGGAAUAUCACCACCGUAUCUGUAAGCUGUACUGAUCCACUGUCCUCUUUCAACAACCACAGCCUUGGCCAGUUGCCUCUCAAACCAUGCCAGGAUGGAUGGGUGUAUGAAGAGUACCGAUCCACCAUAAUAAGUCAGUACAAUCUCGUCUGCUCUGAUGCCUGGAAACUUGACCUGACGCAAGCCUCUCUCAACCUGGGAUUUUUGAUGGGAGCUCUAACUUUAGGUUAUACUGCAGACAGAUAUGGAAGAAAAAUCACGUAUCUAAUAUCAGCUUUCGGAGUUGGACUAUGUGGAAUUGUUGUAGCAUUUGCACCAAACUUUUAUAUUUUGGUGUUUUUUCGUUUCCUUCAAGGGAUCUUUGGGAAGGGAACCUGGAUGACUUGUUACGUUAUUGUGACUGAGUUGGUGGGAUCAAAGCAGCGGCGUAUUGUUGGUAUUGUAGUUCAGAUGUUUUUCACACUUGGAGUAAUGAUCAUUCCUGGAAUUGCUUAUUUUAUUUCAACAUGGCAGGGAAUCCAAUUGGCCAUUUCACUGCCAAACUUCCUCUUCUUGUUCUAUUACUGGCUGAUCCCCGAAUCCCCACGCUGGUUGUUAAUACGGCAAAAGAAAGAGAAGGCUAUGAAAAUCAUGAGUGACAUUGCUAGAAACAAUGGGACAUACCUGACUCCCAACUACUGUCAGAUAACACUUCAUGACGAAGAAGUUGCCAAUCCUGCGUGUAUGGAUCUUGUCAGAACUCCACAGAUGAGAAAAUGUACCAUCAUCCUCAUGUAUGCAUGGUUUACAAGUGCAGUUAUCUAUCAGGGUCUGGUUAUGCGCCUGGGAAUUGUGUCUGGAAGUCUAUAUACAGAUUUCUUCAUCUCUGCAGUGGUGGAGUUACCAGCGGCUGUUAUUAUUUUACUGUCCAUUGAUCGCAUUGGACGGCGACUUCCAUUUGCUUUGAGCAAUGCUGGUGCUGGAAUAGCGUGUUUAAUAACUGCUUUUAUUUCAAAAGACAUGUUAUGGCUAAAAAUAACUUUAGCUACCCUUGGACGGUUGGGCAUCACUAUGGCAUUCGAAAUUGUAUAUUUUGUAAAUACAGAAUUGUAUCCAACAUCAUUAAGAAACUUUGGUGUGUCCUUGUGUUCAGGCAUGUGUGAUUUAGGGGGAAUCAUCGCCCCUUUCCUGCUUUUCCGCUUGGCUGCAUUAUGGGAAGACUUACCACUUAUCAUCUUUGCAAUACUUGGACUUGUUUGUGGAGGUCUAGUGAUGCUUUUGCCAGAAACAAUGGGGAUUUCAUUACCAGAAACAGUUGAAGAUGUUGAGAAUCUUGCAAGGCAAAAGAGAAGUACAAAGAAAGAAAAGGAUACACCUGCUUUUACGUGACACUUUCAUAAUCGUAUAACUUGUGACCUCAUGAAUGGUGAAUUUAUUUUCCCUCAGAUACCUGCAAUGCCAUAUAAUCAUAUUUUUUUUUAAUAUUUCUGUAAAUGUAUUACUAAAUAACUCCAAAACAAUUUUAAAUGCUUGAAAGCAAGAGGGAUGAGAAUUGUGUUGGAGCACCAUCUAGUGUGUGACAGAUGUAUUAUUUCAUGUAUUUUUAUACAUUAAGUUUUUUUUUUUUAGCAAAUUGGUUCCACUUUCCCAAAACAGUUACAAAAGAUAAAGACUUCAUUCUCACACUUUA